AUGGACAAUUUCCUCCUGGCUGUGAUGGCCUAUGAUCGCUUUGUUGCUGUGUGUCACCCCUUACACUACACAACAAAGAUGACCCCUCAGCUCUGUUCCCUGCUGGUUGCUGGAUCAUGGGUUGUAGCCAACCUGAAUAUCCUAUUGCAUACCCUGCUGAUGGCUCGGCUCUCAUUCUGUGCAGACAACCAGAUCCCCCACUUCUUCUGUGAUGUGGCUGCUCUUCUGAAACUCUCCUGCUCUGACACACACCUCAAUGAAGUGAUGAUUCUUACUGAGGGAGUUCUGAUAAUGAUCACCCCAUUUGUUUGCAUCCUGGUUUCCUACAUUUGCAUCACUUCUGCUGUUCUGAGAGUCCCAUCUGCAAAGGGAAAGUGGAAAGCCUUCUCCACCUGUGGCUCCCACCUGGCUGUGGUUUCCCUCUUCUAUGGCACCAUCUUUGCUGUGUAUUUCAACCCUUCAUCCUCCCACUCAGCUGAGAAAGACAUUGCAGCUGCUGUGAUGUACACAGUGGUGACUCCCAUGCUGAACCCUUUCAUCUACAGCCUCAGGAACAAGGACCUGAAAGGGGCUCUGAGAAAAGUGAUUGGGAGAAAGAGGUUUUCUACCCAAUGA